AUGUGACCCGACACACACCCAGCUCUGCCUGCCGCCACACCGGAGACCACGGAGAUCACGGAGACCGGACCGGCUGCAGUCGCGGUGAAUACAGAGCACUCUCGGUCCGGAUCUGAUGGCAUUGCUCGGGAUGUGGAGUCUGCAGUAACGGAGAGAGCAGGGAAGAGGAGUCCUGUGUCUCUGGAUUACCUCCAGCUGAGCGAGCACACACAAAGGUACACACGAGCAGUGCAUGAUCUUCUCUGGAACACACUGACCCCUCACUUCAGAGACCUCCAGCAUCUCCACAGCCUCCCGACCCGACUCCUCUCGGUCCUGCCCCUUAGCAACCGUUACCAUGGCAGCAGCCAAGCCCAAAGGGCAGAACUCGCUGGCUCUCCACAAGGUGAUCAUGGUUGGGAGCGGCGGUGUGGGAAAGUCUGCUUUAACUUUGCAGUUCAUGUACGAUGAGUUUGUGGAAGACUACGAGCCCACGAAAGCUGACAGCUACAGGAAGAAGGUGGUUCUGGACGGCGAGGAGGUGCAGAUAGAUAUUCUGGACACGGCCGGUCAGGAGGAUUACGCUGCUAUCCGGGAUAACUACUUCCGCAGCGGCGAGGGCUUCCUCUGCGUCUUCUCCAUCACAGAAUUAGAGUCUUUUGCAGCCACUGCUGAUUUCAGAGAGCAGAUUCUGCGGGUGAAGGAAGACGAGAACGUCCCCUUCCUGCUGGUGGGGAAUAAGUCGGAUCUGGAGGACAGGAGACAGGUGAGCGCAGACGAGGCUAAAGCCAGAGCGGAUCAGUGGGGCGUGUGCUACGUGGAGACGUCGGCUAAAACCCGCGCCAACGUAGACAAGGUGUUCUUUGACCUCAUGAGGGAAAUUCGCGCUCGGAAGAUGGAGGACAGCAAGGAAAAGAACGGAAAGAAGAAGAGAAAAAGUCUGGCCAAACGAAUCCGUGAAAGAUGUUGCAUUUUAUAGUGUCUGCGAUCAUUUACUCUCCUCCUUUGCAUAUGUACCUGUACGUUCUAUAUAUUUGCCAGCUACUCCUCACCUCGAUGUUUGCUGGUGUUUGUGUGUCAGAUUAGAUGAAGGCCCAGCUCCGUCUGAUAGAUUCCUGCAGUGGAGUGUCAAAGCAGUAAUGUUCUGUACUGGUCUGUGUGGACUUGCGUAUGAAAACUUGAGAGCUUUUUAUUUUAUUUAUUCAUGUCAGAUUUGUUUGAUGAGUUCUCAGGGCACCUCACUUGCCCCUUCUUUUAUAGCGGACACAUUUCUACCUGAUCCAGUCUCAGAUAGACAACACUAAACACAGAAAGGUUUUGUGAUUCAAUCACUUUGGGGUCGGUAAGAUUUCUGAAAGAAGUCUCUUCUGCUCACCGAGGCUGCAUUUA